ACGUGAGUAGAGCGUCCUGAAAGCUUUUGAUUACAUUUUAAUAUGGACUUAUAUGAGAAAUUGAAUAUGUCUCAAGACGAUCAGCAGUAUUCCAACCUACUAGUUGUUGUUGAUGAUCAGCCCUGUCUGGCUUGUCUCUCAGUGCUUGCUGAAGUGAUUAUAGGCUGGAAAACGGUUGGGGCAGCUAGAUAAAACAAGGCCUCAGUACACGAAUUCUUUGACUGUUGGUGUAAGCAGUGUAGAGGGAUGCAGACCUCCGAAUUAGAGUUCGUGGGUUCAAGGAAACCAACGGUAUGAUACUCCAGCCAGUCAACAUUUUCGCGUGGAAACACGGGGAUGGAAAUACCCAGGGGAUUGUUGCGUAAUCGUUCUUUUUGCUCCGAGUUUUCAUUACAGGUGGUGACAUGUCCCAUUAUCUUGGGAUGCGUAAAUGUUGGCUGGUAUGUCACAUAGCCCGGAAUAGAUCUCAGUGGCUUAGAUGUGUUCACGGAUCAUUUUAAUCGCCGGACUGAAUUUUAGUAUUCCCAAUUGUCACUACCUUCUUUCGGUGGAUUUCUGUCACUUUUAGCUCCUUUCGUUAUCUUUCAUCUUAGCACAUUCUCGUUUGAUGUCCAGACAUGAGAUGUGGCAAUUACGACUGUAAUGUACCACUACCGGAUGUUUUGUUGAUUUUACUUUCCUGUGAUGUUCACACCAUUCAUUAUUAUUCACACAAGUGAACUGGUUUCUGGUUGGGUUUACUAGUAUACAUGCAGAACUGAGGGUAAUCUUUCAAGAUAACUUAUCCGUUUCAUAACAAGAAAGUUCGGUUUUAGAUUAUGCUUAAGUAUAUGCUAGUUCAUUUUGCGUUACCGGGAUUAACAAAACUGUUUCUAAACAGAUUAGCUUGAAAAUUUUAGUAGCUAUUGAAACGGUAAUUAAGUAUCAAACCUACAUGGAGAGAAUAUCAGUUGUCGAUCAGUCAUUAAUCUAUAGACCACUAGCUGCGCUAAAGUUUAGUAAGACUGCCUCACAUCUACAAUAACGUUUAGUCCAUAAACCUCUGCUUUUGUUAGUCUGCAACCUUUUUACAUCUCUUUCGUGGUGUAAUUUUCACUUGCUGUUCACUGAAAAAUUAUAUAACUCGUUAAGAUACCAUCAUCAUCAUCAUCAAUACCAACCAAAAAGUAGGUAGUCAUCGUGUGCAGUGAAGAUAGAAAAAGCAGUUGCAUCUAGCAGAUAUCAGAAGCUGGUUGCUUAUUCUGAAUCAACGACAGCAAGAUGAGUGAUUGUAAUAUAAAACGUGUUCAGCGCUUCGUUAAUACUGCUUGUAGCGUACCCCUAUGACGGUAGUUAUUUCCAAGUGAAAAACGUCCAACUGUUUCGCCUGUAUAGCUGUCAGCAUACAGAAAAAACACCGUGGACGUAAUUCUAAUUCACAGCUCGGUAUAUAGGAGCGAAAUGGGGUUUGGUAUCCAAUAAGUUCUUCAUCAAGCUUCGAAUUUGGCUACUGAAACUUGUUUCGAACUUAAGUUAAAGGUUUCUAUGCUGAUCACCUUUUGGUGGUAUUGGGAUGAUUUAAAUGCUGCCGAAUCCAGUUUUAUAUUCAUGCUUUAUAGGAAAGAAUAGUUGUAUUGGUAUAUCCUGACUCCCCGAAUGUAGUCGGAGACCAUAUUAACGAUUGACCUAGAACUUUUUUAAUAUUUCAACUUUCCUGGUAAGGAUUUCUGCAUAGGCUGGCAAAUCAGUAAAAGCUAGCAGGGAAGUGCCAGUUGCCGUACUUCACACUAGCAGGCGAAGGAAAGGUGAAUGGAAAGUGAUAUUAAGGCUUACAAAAGUUUACGGUAAGAACGACAUUUAGGAGAUGAAAGUUAGUGAAAGUAGACAAGAAAUCGAAAAUUCAUGUAUACAUCUGCACCAUUUUGAUAGAUUUUGAGUCAUCACCAAGUCUCCAACCUUCAACUUCUACCAUCUUAAGGACUUCAGUCAGGUGACCGACACUUCCGUACGUCACUCAGACCAAUAGUCAAAGAAUUCAUUUACUGAUGACAUGUCUUGGUCUGGCCAGCCUUAGUUUCCUUCCAUUGUAAUCCUGCUUCGGGUAACAUCGCAUAUCGAGUUGACUUGUGCCUCGGGAUGGACAACACAUGUCAAGGCUAUCUCAGUCGUACCCUCCGCCUAACCUCUACAUAUCUGAUGUUGGGAUCCCACUAAACGCAGAGAAACCUUUAAACUCUUCUCAUCUUUUUCUCUCAGUGAUCUAUUUCGAAGUCACCACUGAUGAAAUGUCAGACAUAGCAUCUCACUAUGCAGUUUAUCUUUUAAACAAGUAUUUUGGUGAGGCUGCCACAGUAAGCACACAUGCUUUGUGCGUUAAAGGUGCAUCAAGUCUAUUUGAAAUUUUAAAGAAUUCACAUAAAAAGUUAGAUACACAUCGAGUCUGCAGAUGCCUGAUUUCGCUAACCAGACAUUCUGUGUUAACUAUAAAAAAAGAUAUCGUGUUAAAAUACAGCUUAAAUUACGAGCGUAUAUUUUGUUUACCGAGGUCACCAUUAUUUUGUAAAUUGGUGUUUCAUUACUAUGGUAAAAUUGCAGAGGAAGCAAUGCUUUAUUUCGCUACGGUUGGACGCGCUUCUUUAAGCGAUGUAUUGAUAUAUUGUGUUAAGAAGCAUAUACUAAACAAACUUCCUAUGGAAGAACAGCACACUUAUGUUGAAACCUUAGGGACCACUGUGACUACUCUAGUGAAAACCAAUGUGUUGCAAAUCAUUAAUCCAAAAAUCUGGUCAGUUGAACCUAACAAAGAAACCAGUACUUCUCAAACAGCCGAAACAGCUGCAACAACAGCCAAUACUCAAGAUUCUGAAAUGCAAAUUCCCAAAGAAGAAAUAUGUGAAGCUCUACACAACUAUAUUGCUAGUGGACGUGUUAACUGGCCUAUACCUAUUGAAACCAAUAAACCAAAACGCAAACGUGCCAAACAUUAUGAUGAAACUUCUGAGUUAGCCAAAUUUCUGAAACUGGUAGUUUGUCCAAAUAUUCAGACGUUAGAAACAAUGUGGCGAGAUCGAUUAAUAUGCGAGUUGGCCAGUGAAAAACUUGGUGAAGUAUGUGGUGACAUUUUGUCACACUUAUUGUGUAUCGCUACAGCUGCUAAUCGGGGCACUGGAAUAACUUCUCCAGAAUCAGGGGUUGUUUCACGUUCAGAGCUUCUACGAAGUAUGCGAAGUGUACCGGAUUAUAUGUCUUCGUUUAUCUCCCUUUUAGUAGAUGAUGAGGUGAAGUUUCUUCUGCAACAACCAGGACUUGGUGGAUAUAUGUACUCGUGUCCUUAUAAACACGUCAUUAAACAUAUAUUCGUAAGAAAUGUUGAGUAUAUAAUUCAAGUCCUCUUUGAAACGAAUGGCUUGCGUAUUUUCCGUUAUCUAUUGCUUACGGGAACAUCGAAUUUGGAAGAGAUUGAACGGAAGGUUUUGCUUUCUCAAAGUGAUUUUCGACGAAUACUUCCACGCAUGGUAUCUAUGGGCUUUAUCACAACAACUGAAUUAUCAAGGACUAAAGAGUACACAGCAGAAACUAUUUAUUGUUUGUAUUCAAUCAAUUUGUUACAAGUAGCUCGAUUAGUGAUUGAACUUUCUCAAUAUGAAGUUUACCGUAUAUCUCUACGCCGUGAUUACGAAUUUUCACAGAAAAGUCGUUUAAUUGAACAACGCUACCGAAUUGAAACGCUUAUCUUGCAACAUCAAUCCAAGCUGAAUGAGUACAGUGAAUCAUCACCAAAUGCAUCCCUCAAUGAUUCUAAUGACUCUGAGUCUCAACAUAAAGAAAGUGUAGAGUCUUUAAAGUCGUCCAUUACACCUGCUGAACUGCAGCAACUGGCAGCUUUAUCUAACCGGAUAUCCAAGUUGAUGAAUUGUGAAUACAAAUGUCAUACAGCAUGGUUUGUGGCUGACCUUUACCUUCGUCUGCAUUCUUGAUGAAAUUUUGAUUUUGUGUAAAUAAAUUUUCAUCUUUGUACCUUACAAUAUGUUAUCUGUAAUUGAAUAAAAACCUAUUUUGUUUUCC